AUGUCCUCAUCUUCCGGGACUCCCGCUCCAAAACCUCGUCGACGACGUGAUAAACCUCAAUUUUCGUGCAUUGCAUGCCGCCAGCGCAAGUCUCGAUGCGAUCGACUACAGCCCUGUACCAGCUGCGUCGCACGCGGUCACUCAUGCGUCUAUGUGGCCCGGAAGCCACCAGCAUCCCCAUUGCAGCCUACGCCCGUUGGAGCAGCUGCAGGACUCCAUGACCGGCUAGUCCAGUUGGAGCGUCUCGUUAAGUCCUUAAUGCCUGACGGAGUCAAUAAUGAUGAGGUCCGACAGCUUGCCACCCCGGAUACCACUCCCAGCAGCAGUAUUCGACCAGGGUCCGGUGGUAGUGUACUAGAUGCACAGUCGGAUUGUGGCAGCAUGCAAAUCACCGAUUCGGAGCUUCAGUAUGUGGCCGGUGAGCACUGGGCGGCCAUUCUGGAUAGCAUUGCCGACCUGAAGGCGCACUGUGACCGUGAAGAACAAAUCAAAAUGGCCGAGUCUAUUGAAAAUAUGAGUGUGAAACCAUCACACCGACAUGCGUUGUUGCUAUAUGGAUGUGAACGGGCUGCCUCACGGGCUGAAAUCGUCGCCGCAUUUCCACCAAAGGCCGCUGUUGACCGGUAUAUUUCGAAGUAUUUCAACUAUCUCGAUCUGGUCGCUUCUGCGGUGAUGGCCUCCGACGUAACCGACAGCGCCGAAGAAGAGCAGAAAACGCUUCAACUCGAACUCUACCGCGAGAAAAUCGUCCAGUGCCUCAUGAUAGGCGAAUACACCAAGCCCGGCCCCUACGUCCUCGAGACCCUAGUCCACUACGUAUACAUCGAGUACGGAAUCAACCCGGACGCGAACCGCAACAUCUGGUUCCUACUCGGCCUCGAAGUCAACCUCGCCAUGCGAAUGGGCUACCACCGCGAUCCCAGCCACUUCCCCAAUCUUUCCCCAUUGCAAGGCGAAAUGCGCCGUCGUCUAUGGACCACUGUCCUAACAAGCGACAUCCUCCUAUCCAGCCAAAUGGGCAUGCCGCGAAUGAUCUCCGACUGGAAAUGGGAUACCGCCGAGCCACGAAACCUCUUCGAUACAGACUUAACCCCAUCCCUAAUUACACUACCCCCCAGCAGACCCGAAACAGAACACACCACUACACUGGAACUCAUCGCGCGAAGACGCAUGCUCCUAGCCCUAGGCAGUAUAUCCAACCUAGCAGACGCAGUCCAACCAGCAAGCUACGCAGAAGUAAUGCAAGCGGACAAGACCCUUCACGACGCCGUCUCCAAUAUCCCUCCCCCUCUCCGCUUCAAACCCCUACAAGCGAGCAUGACCGAUUCCUCACAGGUGAUCAUGUCCCGACUGUUUCUCCAACACCUCCUAUUCAAGGGGCAGAUCAUGCUCCAUCGUCGGUUCCUCAACCUAACCACUCCACCGGCCGGUGGUGAACCACACCCAGAAAAUCCCAACUUCGCAUACUCCCGCACCGCCUGUACCGACGCAUCACUCGGCGCUCUACGUAUCCAACACAUCCUCGACGAGGAGACUUGCAGAGGGGGUCAAUUACAUGAUAUGCAUUGGCGGAUCACGUCUAGUAUGACGCAUUUGUUUCUGACCGCGACGAUGAUUCUUUGCUCGUUGGUACAUCGGGGCAAGCCGAUAGAUAGGGGAGAGGAGGUGCUGGAUGCCUUGAGAACGGCGAGGACUAUUUGGAUGCGUCGUGGAUCGACGGCGACUUCGCGCGAGGCGGCGAGGGCCGCUGAGGUUGUUAACCUUACUCUUGCGCGGGUGGGGGAGCGUGGUUUUUCUGGGGAUGGUGCGAAUGGGAGGGUGUGUGGUGGUGAUGGCGAUGGUGACUUGGGGGUGAGUCAGAGUGUGGGUGUAGAGGAUGUUGAUGAAAGUAUGAUGCCGUCGAUGUUGGUCCCAGAAGAGGAUGUGGGAUUGGAUUAUGCGUUCUCUAUGGAUGACUGGUUGCAGGUGCAAUGGCCGGGUGCGGAAAAUUUUGAUACUUACUCCCGCUGAGGAUAUACCAG